AUUCUUUUAUAAACAAUAUAAUAGAAUCUAAUGAUUUAAUAGUAUAUAUUUUAUAGAAAGUGGCUGUUUGCCCCAGUUUUCCCCCAAACCGUUACACUUUGCGCCGCUAGGCCCCGCCUUCCUUCCUAUUUUUGAAAUGCAAAUUGCGCCCAAACAUUGGCCAAUGAGAUUGCUGCUUGCACGAGCCCCUGUGCGGGUUUCACGCUGCGACUAUAAAUGCGCCGUUUGGGGAAUCAGUUUAGCGAAUAUCUUUCCUUUACCCUUUAGGCCGUAUAUAAAAAGUUUUUGGGGACAUUCGCGCUGCAAAAAAAAUUGCAAUGAUGUUCGCACAUUAAAUGCACCAGUCGUGUCCAGUUUGUUACCAGAAACUCGGGCAAAUACAUUCACUGGGCAAAUAAUUCUGCGCUCAGUUUAUAAAUGACCCCCACUAUGUUGUUACUUAUAAACCUGCAGCCGGUCAUGUGACAUUGUAUUAGCAACGUCUAACUGGGCUCAUAGGGACUUUACUUACACGCCAUUGGCUGGUUAGUUACCAAUCAGUUCUCAUCGUGACUAUUAGUUAUUAGUUAUUAUUAGUUAUUUUAUUGUAACAAUCUUUUUAAGUUUUUAAAACCUUAAUAAUUCUGUUUCCUAAACUCAACUUUCCCUUAUUUAUCAGGGAAAACUUCAUAAUUCCUUUAGAUAAAGUUUAUAAUCAGUUUUUUAAUUUAGUUCCCCAUUAAGUUUCACUCCCAAACUAAAUGCAUUGAUGGUUAGUGAUUCCCAUGUGUGUUGCCAUGGCAGCAGUGAAGGCAUUGUGAUGUCAUAGUGUUUGCCACAGUGAAUGCAGUCUGUUCCCAUGGCAACAGGGCAUUGUGAGGUCAUCCUUAUCAGAUAACCAGAUCAGAUAAGGAGGCGUCACUGACAAUCCUAAAUCAUUUGCUGGAUAGUAGCCAAUCAGUGCGCAUUGUUUACUGUUUGUCUCUAAUAAGUCACUUGUUAUAAUCAGAUCUAAUUCAAUCGGAUUAUCUGUAAGUAAUAUCUAAUUAUUGAUUUCAUUAAUAUCUAGCUAUUUAAUAGUAUAUAAAAAAAAUUGCUGGGGGUCAUUUAUAAAGCGCAGCGCAUAUUUUUUUCAUCUUAUUUUUUUCCAAUUGCAUCUGCUCCCAUUUUCGAUGCAACCGCGACUUGCUUUGACGCACAAUAUAUGUAUAUUGUAUAUAUAUUGUAUAUUGAGUUGUAUCAGUAUUAGAACAAUAGAGGGGGGAAUAAAACAAAUGAUUCCAUAAAAGUGACAAUCGGGGGGACUGACUUGACCUUUAGGCCCAACCCUUUCCCAGGCAAUAUAGGGAAGCCAUUCUUCUAUUGGGUAUUUAGUAACAACACUGUUGCAGUUGGUCUCCCUAAUAAAUGAUUGGUUUAACUCUUUAUUUUCUCAUUUAGGAAUAACAACAAUGUUUUCCAGACUUGGAAAAACGCUUGGGAACAUCUUUAGGUCUAACCCUAAGGAUCCCAAAGCAGCACCAACCUUUCAGCGCGAGAUGAAAGGUAAAGAAGCGCUUGAGAAACAGGCUCAGGAGGAAGCGGAAGGAUUCGCCCGGCAGCGGGAUAUCCGAAUGGCUUUGCAGGAGAGGAUAAAGGAACAACUCAAUGAUGAAUUUCUGGACGAAGCUGUACAAUUUACUGUUCAGCAGAUCCAGAGAGGAUUUGAGAUUGAUUCCUGCCGAAUGCAGCAAGAAGAAGAACAAGAAAAAGCCAAGAAGGAAAUAAAAAAGCGCAAAUUAAGAAAUUUGCUUCUUAGGAAAAGGGAGAUCGAACGACAAACAGAACGCGAAACAGAAGUGGAGAGACAGACCGAACAGAGACUGAGACAAAUGGAAGAAUGGAAACAUCUACAGAGAGAAGCGCAGGAAGAAGCCAACAAAGAGAUUGCGAAGCGCAAACUCAGAAAUGAGCUUCUUCUUGAAAUGCUUCUAAACAAGAAAGAAGAGGAGAAAGUAAUGGAAGGUCGUGCAAUCGUUGAGGAAGAAGAGAAGAAGGAGAGCUUCGUGGCAGUGAUGGAAGCACAGAGCCAAGAAGAAAUCACUCCACCGGGAGAAGCUCUGAUGCUUUCAAUUCCAGAAACAUCUGCUGAGAAACUGAGGGACUCUUUACCUGAAGAGAAUGACGAUAUCGAAGAUAUCGAGGCGGCCAUAGAGGCUCGAGCUGCAGUCCGGAGAAAGGAGUUUGAGAAGAGCGAAAGAAAGAGAGCAGCUCGAAUCCGCAAAGCACCUCUAAGGAAACCGCCUUCCUUUUUCGACAUUCCUGACAGGGUAAAGAGGAGAACUCGUUUCUACCAGAUUGUGGAGAAGAUUGAUGGAACCCUGGACCCGACUGGGUUGGAGAGAAGGCUGGUGGAAAAAACGCCACCAACUAUCGAAGACUUCCAACUCCAGUCGUAUCUCGGCGAGGGAUCGUUCGGGAAGGUCUAUAGGGCACAGCACAGAAGCUCAGGGAAGAUUUUUGCCAUUAAGGCAAUUGAGAUGCACGAAAUCAACGAGAGGGAGAUCUUUCACUGUGUCACCCUAGAGCAGCGAAUCCUCCGACUAGUCGACGAGGAACAAUGUCUGUUCCUUGCUGGGCUACUCGGCUCCUUCCAGACACAAAACCACAUGUGUCUGGCUUUGGAGUUCGCGGAAGGAGGAGAUUUGGCUGCCUACGCGGAUACAGAGGAACUUCCACUCGACAGAGUUCGGUUCUAUUCCGCUUGCAUGGUGCUGGGGAUACAAUUCCUGCACCAACACAACAUCGCGCACAGGGAUAUAAAAGCCGACAAUGUUCUCCUGUAUGAAGACGGGUACGUGAAGAUCACCGACUUUGGGCUUUGCAAAGCAGGUAAGUUGUAUAAGUAAGAUGGUGUAGCAUAUACACAGUGUAGCAGCUGAGCUGUAGC